GGGGAUCGUCGCUUGUAAUUAGUCAGCGAUUGGAAUGCACGCCAGACUGAUUCAGAGUCGUUAGCGCUCAACAGUUUUUCCAACUUUGCUGCAUAGUUCCUCUUUGCAUUGUUCAUUUCUUUCGUCAGCAGGUUUCUAGCGCGAUUAUACAGGGCCCUGUCCCCGCUCUGAUAUGCGUCCUCCUUAGCUUGGCGAAGUUGCUUAAGUUUGGCAGUGAACCACGGCUUGUUGUUAUUGAAUGGUCGAAAUGACUUUGUUGGUACACACACAUCUCCACAGAAACUGAUAUAGGAUGUGACAGAGUCCGUAUAUUGAUCCAGGCUGCCAGCUGAAUUUUCAAAGACACUUCAGCCUGUGCAGUCUAAACCGCUUUGAAGUUCCAUCUUUGCUUCAUUGGUCCACUUUUUCACUGUUUUCACUGUGGGCUUCGUGCAUUUAAGUUCUUGCCUGUACGUCGGUAUUAAGUGAAUUAAGCAGUGAUCAGACGAGCCCAUGGCUGCACGAGGUAUAGCACGGUAUGUGUUUUUUAGCGUAGUGUAGCAGUGGUCUAAAGUAUUAUUUUCCCUGGUAGGACAGUCGAUGUGCUGCUUGUAUUUAGGGAGUUCGUGGUUGAGUUUAGCUUUGUUAAAGUUAAUCCAUGUAUACGCAGACACCCCCCCCCCCCCCCCUAGCAUUCUUUCACUGGGUGUGGGGUCACGCGCUUACUGCAAAUAACUCAUGAAUACGCAUAUCGCGUGUGUAUCCCCUCACUUAUACUCUCGUACUGGAGACUUUUCUAAUUCACAUAAUGAAUGCCACCACACUUCAGUUGUACAGUCGGGUUCACGACCCUUGUCCUGCAUGUUUCUUCUCCUGUCCUUGUCCUGUUCUAUCUUGUCCUGUCCUGUCCUUCCCUCACAGGCUGUAGCACUCCAGCCCCAUGCAACACUCAUAUUGAAUGUUUCAUUGUUGUAGAUAAUGUAAUGACAUACUUCUCUCAUCCUAUUUACAAUUAGUGCUUUGUCUUUUGUCUUUCUUUCGCUCUCCCUUCGAGAAACUUUGUUCUGUUUGACUGAUCAAGUCUGAUUCUCAAUAAACCUCCAUUCUAAUACCACAGCGGAAGCUUCAAAACUCCACUCUGACACAGUAAAACUGUUCUGGCAUGAAAGGGAUACAGAUUUUCCAUUCUGCUUGACCUAACAGCCGAACAGGACAACAACAAAAAAAAGAUUUUCUGGUCUGGUGAGAACAAGAUAGAACUAUUUGGCCUUAAUUCUAAGUGGUAUGUGUGGAGAAAAUCAGGCAUUGGUCAUCACCUAUUCAAUACAGUCCCAACAGUGAAGCAUGGUGGGGGUGUUUUUCAGCUCCAGGGACAGGGCGACUGGUUGCAAUCGAAGGAGAUUUAGGGUCUUCAAACAACCUACCGCGCAUGUUUUUUUUUUCCUGCAGGCACUCCGGUUUCCUGCCACAUCCCAAAAACAUGCGUGCUCGGUUGAAGACCCUUAGGUAUGAAAGUGGGUGUGUGAAUGGUUGUUUGUUUCUAUGUGCCCUGCGAUUGGCUGGCGACCGGUUCAGGGUGUACCCCGCCUCUCGCCCGAAGUUAGCUGGGAUGGGCUCCAGCACGCCCGCGACCCUUGUGAGGACAAAGCGGUACAGAAAAUGGAUGGAUAUAUAUUAAUAUAGCCAUAUAUACUGCAUAUCCACACACAAGACAAUGGACCCCAACCGCACCAGCAAGCGAGCAAAAUCAUGGUUCCAGACAAAGUAGUGGAGUGGCCAGCACUAUCCCCGGACCUUCAUCGCAGAACAAAAUGCUGUUCAGGAGGCAAAACCGAGAAAUGCAGAGGAAUUGGGGAACUUGGUACAAAUGUCCUGGGCCGCAAUACCGAUGUGGUUAUGCAACUAAAUAUUCGUUUAGGAUUCUCAGGAAAGUUGAAUCUUCAAGCAUUUCUCCUUUUAUACAGUACAUUCUUGAGUGCUGCUACACUGCUAUUUCGUGACUUUCUGUAAAAUAUCAAAUUCAACUACUUUUUCCAAUUGUCUUGCUUUUCAAUUCAAUGUGCAGUGUCCCCAAUGCAUUUUGUUCAUUCAAAUACAAUUGAUUUGAAGAAUGUUGACGUUCACUCACCUUUCCAAAACACACUGCGAUUGUUUGGAACACAACCGGCUCAGCCGAACUUGAAACCCUAACUUGACGCUUUGAACAAGGGUGAGUGAGCGGGCUAAGCGACUUAACGAGUGCGUCUACGCAGAGCGCUCGCUACACUGAUUAGUCUCCCGGGGAAGGUUGUUGAUGUUGAGGUUGUUGUUGCUCAUCUCCUUCGGGGAACGGUCGAGGGACAAACGCGUCGCCGUCUGCCGACCGGUUGCCCUCGGGAGCCUGUUAACGACGUGUUGACGUCCCAACGAGCAAACAAACAUCCAAAAUGGCCGCCUGCCAGCCGCCAUCAAGAAGCCUCCGGAUGCGACGAGACGGGUCGUCGGCGACCCCCGUCGAGCGCGUCGGUCACGUGCCGCGUGACGAGAACGCCAGCCGUGUCAAAACUUUUGCUUCUAUUUACAUAUUUGCACAUCUUUUUUAUCUGAUGGUGUUUGCUUCAGUGUACAAAAUCUUGUUUUAAACAUCACAUCUACUCACAUACGCCGGCUGCCAUUUUGAUGUCGUUUUACAGUCGCCAAUUGCGUCUUAUUAUGCAGCUUCAUUUACAUACGACGAAAAGCAGACGGGGUUUGGAAAUAUUCCACUACGACGAGCUACAACCCUGAUCGCUCUGGUCUCCUGUGAUAGCUUGUUAGCAUAGCGUUGUGCAAUUAGCACGGCUUGAAGGAAAAGACUCGUUACCAAAUCGUUUGUGCCGGACGCGUCGAUUCUCAAGCAGGACACUCGUUCGACUAAUUAACAGCUUUGAGGUGAAUGAGCUGGCGCUAACUGCCGUGUGCUACGUUGCAAGAUUUGCAUCCCUGCAUUUCCGUGACAACACCCCAGAGUUUGAUUGGGCUCGGUCCGACCGGUGAUGACCAAUCAGAGCGCUGCCGCUCGUCCCAAUGGGACGCUGGACACUCUCCUAUAAGAUGAAAUGCGGAGCCGAGAUUUUCCUUCGCGUGGCGGACGACUCGUGCGGACAGACGGCAGCACGAUGUCUCCUGAGAACUCGUCGCACGGCACCUUCGUGUUCCGAGGGUUCCCCGCGCUGGACGAGCGCCGUUGGGUUCUGGCGCCGCCGCUGGUGGCCGCCUCUGCCGCGGCGCUGCUGGGCAACGCGCUUCUAAUUUAUGUCAUCGUCAGCGUGGAGCGCCUCCACAGCCCCAUGUACCUGCUGAUCUGCUCCCUGUGCGUGGUGGACCUCCUGGCCAUCGGCGCCAUCGUCCCCAGCACGGUCGUGGGUCUGCUUGUGGACCGGGACCGCGUGUCCCUGGCCGGCUGCCUGGCGCAGAUGUUUGCCACUCACUUCCUGUCUUCGAUCGAGUCCACCCUGCUCCUGGCCAUGGCGCUGGAUCGCUACGUGGCCGUGUGCCACCCGCUGCGCUACAAGCAGCUGGUGGGCUGGCGAGCGGCGGUCACGUUGACGCUCUUCACGUUGGCCCGAAGCGGCGGCGUCAUGGCCACCCUGGUGGGCCUGGCGGGCUCGCUGCGGUUCUGCGCUUCCGACGUCAUCCGCCACUGCUACUGCGACCACAUGGCGCUGGUCAGCCUGGCGUGCGGCGACACCGACCGUAGCGCCGCCGCCGGCGUGGCUGUCAUUGCAUGCUUCGUGGGCGUGGACAUCCCGCUCAUCGUCUUCUCCUACUUGAAGAUCCUGGGCGCCGUGGUGCGGGCAGCGGCCCCCGGGGAUGAGCGUCGUAAGGCCUUCCACACGUGCGGCACCCACCUGAUGGUGAUGAUGGUGUUCUACCUGGUGGGCAGUGUCACCUUCCUGUCGCACAACCUCGGUCUCGGUAUCCCAACUGACGCCAACAGCGCCAUGGGGCUCCUGUACAUCCUCAUCCCGGCCGCCGCCAACCCCAUCAUCUACGGCGUCCGCACGGCAGAGAUCAGGAAUGGCUUCUACAGACUCAUCGGCUUUGGGGACGCCGCCGCGGUCAAGGUCUCGCCCGCCAACACCGCCGUCUCGAUGUGAAGGCACUAUGGGCGCUCGCGGUCGUGUGACAAAAUGGCCCCGCCCCCCUCGUCACCCUGGCUAAGAAUGUGCAUGCGGGUCAACAGC